AUGAUAUGGGAUGUCAUGGGACCAUUUACUAUUUUACCAAUUCCAAAAACUCCUCCAGGAAAAAAUGUAACAGAUCCCAAUAAUGACGUUCAUGGAGAAGAUAUUUUUGCUAGUUGGAAUAAAGAUAUUGAUGAUACCAAACAAAGUAAUGACUCUAAACAGAACAAUAAUAAGGAAAAAACUGUUGCGGUUGUGUCGAAGUAUUUUUAG